AUGGUGGCUCGCCAAUUUAUUGCUGAAACGGAGCGCCUCCCAGAUCAUGCCCAUGUGUUGCUCAUAACAACUGGCAGCAUAGCAUCUAUCAAAGCUCCUCUCAUCAUCUCAGCGUUUCUUCAAGUCUGUCCCCGUCCUCGGAAUCCUGCUCUUGCUCAUGUUGUAGCCCCAGCUCUCCCUAUGCCUGCCCCCGCUCUGCUAGACUCCCUGCGCAGCGGUGCGCCGCCUGCGCCUAGAAAGACAGCGGUCUGGACCGCUAUGACCCCACCCCAUGGCGCUAUGACCCCGCCUGGCGCUAUGACCCCGCCCCUGGCCUAG